AUGUACGAAUGCUUCCAGGAGCGCCAGUCCCUUUGGGUGGUGCUGGAGCUUUGUCGUGGGGGCGAGCUCUACGAGCACGUCGCUGCCAUGGCCCAGCAGCGCCACUCGGAGGGGGGUGCUUUCCCGGAGUCCGAAGCCAAAGUCUACUUCCGGCAGAUGCUUUAUGCAGUCAGCUUCCUGCACAAGAUCAGGAUUGUUCAUCGAGACAUCAAGACGGAGAACUUUCUGCUGCUGGGUGACCAAGGCUCUCCCGAAGGCAAGAUCAUCAAGCUCUGCGACUUUGGUACCGCAGUGCAGCUGAGUGCACAGAUGCCUCGAGCCAUGGGCCGAAUUGGCACCUUGUCCUACACGGCUCCGGAGAUCUAUGCGCGGCGCGGCGCGGAUCUUUGCGCCGACAUCUGGUCCUUGGGCGUGGUUCUCUAUGUGCUCCUUGUUGGCGCGAGCCCGUUCCGCAUCACAGGCGUCGAGAGCCGCACGGAGACUUCCAAACGGAUCCUCGCAGGCAGCUACGACACCUCCCGUGCGGGCUGGCUGAACUGCUCCGAGCGGGCGAAGGACUUCAUGAGCAAGCUAAUGCUGGUGGAGGAGCCGAAACGGCUGCAGGUCCUGGAGGCGUUACGGCACCCCUGGCUGGCGUCUGGUGUGGCGACUCCCGCGGCGGUGCCAUGCAGGCAAGUCUCCCCCAUCUCAGAUAAGGAGGUGUCGCUCACGCAACUGGCAACUCACGCCCAAGCUUUGUUACACCUCCUUAGUGCCUUCAGCCGGAGCAUGGAUGUCUUGCAGCGCAUCUUCCUGGCAGUGUAUGCUCAGGUGACUCCGGACGCUGAGAUCUUUGCCAGCCUUCGGCUGCCAUGGUACGAUCUGUUUUUGGCCCUGGACCAAGAUUGCGAUGGCCAGCUCGGCCUUGGCGAGCUCGGCCGGGGCUUGGAGCAACUCAUGGAGAUGGGCUCUGCGGAGCUCCAAGAGGUCUGCUUGGACGAUCUGAUCGCCUCUUUGGAUCUCGACCAAAAGGGCUACGUGAGUUGGGUGGAGUGGACCAUGCUGGCGCUGUGCUCCUUCAACUUGGCUCAAGAGCCGGAGCCGCUGCAGACCGUCUUCAGGAUCAUCGACCGACCCUCCGGUGAUGGCAUCGUCACUGUGGUGGAUCUGAUGGCCUUGCUCGAUGGCACAGGACGCAAUUCAUCCAAUGCAGUGGACGAGAUCCGGCCCUUGCUCGAGAAGUGGUCCAGCCAGACACCCGCGGGCUUGCGGCUGACCGAUGUGCGGCGCCUGCUGCAGGCUGCAGCGCAAGAGUGCUGGCUCCCAGGCAGCGAGACGGCCUCCAUCCAGUCCAGCAAGCAUCCGGGCUGGCUGGGCUGCUGUGAACAAGCCCAUCAGGAUGCGAGGCCUGAGAGCAUCUCCAAGCACCCGGCCUUCCCCUCAGAGGAGAUCCCUCCAGAGCUGCUAGGCACGAAGCUUUGA